CCGACGCAGUAACCACCAUGAAGCUGGCGCUCGCACUUUGCGCAGGGUUCCUCUUCGUCGUACUGGUCGAGGCAGACCGGGGGGCGAGACCGCCGAAGCCGGCCCAGAAGAAACCGCCGCCGACCGAGGAUGGGAAAUGCUGUAUACCCAACCAAACGUACAAGGAGGACUGUAACGUGUGUUUAUGUGCAGCGGAUGGCAUAGGAGCAACCUGUACUCUACGCGCCUGCGUUGGAGAUAAUUGGGAAAGUCGCCGGAAACAGCCCGAUGGUGAAUAACUCCUGCACAUCGUGACACCUUCGUUGGGUGCUGCAACGCA